UGACAAAAGUUACAAUGGUAACUAAUGUAAAACGCAAAUCUCACACAACACGAAGAGACUCGAAAGGAUUGGUGACGAAAUUUAGACACUUCCACCUUUGGUUCUUAAGAACACAACCGAAGCACCUACCGACACAGUUUUCUGGAUCUCAAAGGAUUUAAGUAAAAGUCCAUGCUUGUGAUAAUAUAAAAAAUCGAAGUUUGUGUUGUAUAUUUUGCAACAAGGAGAUGAUGCGGUUCAAAGAGGAGAAAGAAGCGAAGAAAGAAGCUUUCAGGAAGUAUUUAGAGUCCAGUGGAGUUCUUGAUUCUCUAACCAAAGUUCUGGUUGCUUUAUAUGAGCAGAAUGACAAGCCUUCCUCUGCUUUAGAGUUCAUCCAGCAAAAGCUAGGAGGUCCUUCAGUGUCUGAUUACGAGAAGCUUCAAGCUGAGAAGUCUGAUCUUCAAAUAAAGUACAAUGAGCUUUUUGCUAAACAUCAAGAAACGUUGAGAGAGUUAGAAGGAGUGAAGAGCUUGCAUUCCCGAAACUCUUCGAAGGAUGAUGAUGAGAGAGAGGUCAUUGAAGACGAACACACGGCCCUUGUGGCUCCUCCUCACCACUAAAUUGUUCGUUAUUGUAUAUGUAAUUCUCAUUGCGACAUUUUCAAUCUCCGUUACUGUUAGUAUUUUGAGUGUCAUUUUGCUUGCCUAUACGCUGAUUUAAGCUGACUUGUUGAUUGUUCCACUGAAUAAUAUCCACAUAUUCAAAAUUCUUAGAUCAAGAUUAUUUCCGUUUUAAA